AUGAGAGGGUUUAAAGAUGAUAUGGAUGCUGCACGCGAUCGAGAACCCAAGCGAUGCCGCAAUAGCAUUAAUGAGAAACCAGAUUCCAGAUAUGCCAAAAAGUAUUUGAAGGUUCUGGCACACAGUCUCGAAGUCGAGGAGUAUCAGAAAUUCCUCAAGAUUAUGUUGGAUUUCCGAGAUAAAAGGUUUACUCCUGAUUUCUGUUUUAUCAUGUAUUCGUCCAAUUUAUUGUCGAUCUUUGUUUCUCAAAGGAAAAGAAAAGAAAAUAUACAUCUCGAUGCUUAUUGCAGGAACAAUCAGGUUGAGUGUGUCAAAAAGGUGAAAACUUUGCUUCAAGGGAAACCUGACUUGUUUCUGGGCUUCCAAGACUUCUUGCCAAAGAGUCUUGAUGCAAAAGAUCGUCGCACCUGUGAUAAAAUGCCAGACUGCUGGGAUGCCUUAAAUUUUAUUCAUAAAAUAAAGAAUCGCUUCUCUGAUAAUGAUCACAACUACAGUUGUUUUUUGGAGCUCCUGAACAUGUAUCAUACUCGUCGCAUGUCCAUCGAUGAAGUCAUGAUACUUUUUCAAGACCAUGAUGAUUUGGUUGAAGAGUUCAAUUAUUUCUUGUUCAAUUGUUCAAAAGGAGUAUCUUUUAGCCAUGAGUCAUCUCAAGGUCUUAUCGGGCAAACAAGUACAGAUGAUUCUGGAGGUAAAAAGAUGUUUCAAAUAAAAAGCUAUACUCAUUUGCAAGAUCUAGAACACAUUGAAAGAACGAAACAAAUUCAGAGAAGUGAUGAGAUCUCCAAAGGAUAUCCAUUCAGUAACACGUGCAUACAACAUGAAACAAAUUUGAACAGUUCAAUGUUGCACAGUGAUAAAAAAGCCCAUAUACCUAUCAUGGAAAAGGACACACUGAUGGACAUGGGUGGAAAAUUAUCUGGGAGUGUGAGUAUUAAAGGGAAGUACCUUGGUGUUGACCCUCUUUCCAAAGGUGCUGAUGUUUAUGUAGAUAAUACUAGCUUUGAGGAAGAAAAAUGUCAACCCAUAAGAGAGAACUUCUCAAACUGUCAACGCUAUGAUACUAGUUAUUGUUUUCUGCCAAACAAUUAUCCAGUUCCUCGAGCAAGCUAUAUGACUGAGCUUGAUGCCUCUGUCUUGAAUGAUAGAUUGGUGUCUGUGCCCUCUAAAAGUGAGAAUUGCACUUCUAAGUUCAUGCACAGGAAUAAAUAUGAAAAAUGUUUAUUUAGAUGUGACGAUGAGAGGUUUGAGAUGGAUAUGAUUCUAUGUAGGAUGGCUUCAACUUCUCAGAAGGUAGAGGAUUUGCUAGAGAAGGUCCACCACAACAAAAUUGAACCGGGAACUCCAUUUCAGAUUAAAAACUAUCUUAAUGAUCAAGACUUCAGAUGUAUUGGACAAUUAUACGGUGACAAUGGGCUGGAAGUUGUUGGUUUUCUAUGUGCAAAUGCAAGCACUGUGCUUCCUGUGAUAUCAGCUCGUUUGAAGCAGAAACAAGAGGAAGCAUCAAGAAAGCAUGCAGAGUUUAAUAAAGUCUGGAGUGAAGCUUGUGCGAAGUGCUAUCCAAGAUCACUUGAUCACCGCAGUUUUCAAUUCAAACAGCAAGAUAGAAGAAAUUUGGCAUCAUCAGUUUUGUUAGAUGAAUAUAGACAAAUAAAUGAGAGAAUGGAGGACAAUUUGCUGCUUGAGAGUUCUACUGGGAAUGGGCACUGUAGUCCUACUAUGGUAUUUGAAUAUGCAGACAGAGAAAUCCAUGACGUACUUCACAAAAUUAUGGAAUUCUACUGUGGUAACUAUUACAACUCAAAAGAGGAAAUGGACAAUGUCAUGAGGAUAUGGACAACCUUUUUGGAGCCAAUAUUUGGAGUUUUAACAUGGCUCAAGGACACUGAAAGUUCCAAAGAAAAAAAAUAUAAUUCUAGAAGUAGUGUGUCAACCUCAGCACAUAUUGAUGUUUCUCUUGGUGCUAAAGGCUUCGUAACACAUCUCAACUAUUCUCAUACCUCAAAUGCAUCUAAUUUUCUCACUCCAAUUGGCAAAAAAAAUGUCCACAAUUUUGAGAAAUGGGCGUCUGUUAGGAACAAUAGCUGUAGUGAUGCAAUCCAUUUUCAUAAGAAUGCCCAUCCAUCCAUUGAAAUUCCUACUGACUAUGAAAGUGAGAGAGAAGAGGGGGAGAUAUCUCCUGAAAUCCAUCAUGGAGAAGGUAAUUUCUUGAAUUUUGAAGAUUCUGGGAUGGAAAAGAUUGUUGGAUUCAAAAAUAGCUCAGAGCUGAUCUAUCAGGCUGAGGCAAAAGAACGGUCUGGACAGGACAAUCUCAAUGCUAACAAUAACAAUGGAAGUGCAGAAAGAUAUCGAAAUAACAUCUCAAAGGUUUAUGAGCCAGCUGUAGAUGCAUCAGUUAGUGAAGAUGAUGGUGGCAACAAUGCUGAGGAAUCCUCUUAUGAACAUAGCGGGAAAAGGAAAUGUGCCAAUCAAGGUUUUAAAAGUGAUAGAAACUGGGUUGUAGAAAUGGCUGAUGCGGACAUGUACAAGGCAGAGGGAACAAGUGAGCCACUUUCAACAUUUUUUACUGAAAUUUCUAAACCUUUUGCUGAACAUUUGCCUAAACAAUUGCAUGAAGGUAGAGGAUCAAGGAUCUUCUAUGGAAAUUCUUCCUUCUAUUUGCUUUUUAGGCUUCACCAGAUUUUGUAUGAUAGAAUACUGUCAUCGAAGAUAAAUGCUUCAUCAACUGAAACUCGAUUGAGAACUCUGAAGAAAGCAAAUCCUCCUACUCAUUACUCCAAGUAA